AUUACAAAUACCGCUGCAGUUGCACCAAACCAUCAGUGUGAGAACAUUGCCAUUCAACCGACAUGGUUUCCACCUCAGUCCUUCCUCAGGUGGCCGGUGAUGAUGCUUCCAAGGAGGCCAGCCCUCGACGCGCCAAGUGGUGGUACGCGACGUUCCACAACGUCACGGCGAUGGUCGGCGCCGGCGUCCUCAGCUUGCCUUAUGCCAUGGCACACUUGGGAUGGGGUCCUGGGACGCUGGCACUGGUGGUCUCCUGGUGCAUCACCUUGUACACCCUGUGGCUGAUGAUCCAACUCCAUGAGUGCGUGCCGGGGACUCGAUUCGAUCGGUAUAGCGACCUCGGGCGGUACGCCUUCGGUCCCCGACUGGGGCUGUGGAUCGUCGUCCCUCAGCAGUUGAUCGUCCAGGUCGGCUGCGAUACGGUGUACAUGGUCACAGGCGGCAAGUGCCUGGAGAAGUUCAUGGAGAUCUUGUAUCCCGAGAGCACAAAGCUGCACCAGUCCUACUGGAUCUGCAUCUUUGGCUCGAUUCAGUUCUUCCUAUCUCAGCUCCCCAACCUGAACUCGAUUGCUGCUGUAUCCUUAGCAGCAGCAGUCAUGUCACUAAGUUACUCCACGAUAACAUGGGUGGCUUGCUUCGCUCGAGGCCCGGCGAGCGACGUAAGCUAUGCGUACAAGAUGACCACCGCAUCUGAUUCCAUGUUCAGGGUGUUCAGCGCCCUGGGGCAGGUGGCGUUCGCCUACGCCGGCCACGGCGUGAUCCUGGAAAUCCAGGCGACCAUCCCUUCCACGCCCACCAAGCCUUCGAGGAUGCCCAUGUGGAAGGGCACAGUCGUGGCCUACUUCAUCACCGCGCUCUGCUACUUCCCGGUGGCCAUGGCCGGAUACUGGACCUUCGGCCAGGAGGUGGACGACAACGUGCUCAUGGCACUCAAGCGUCCGCGGUGGCUCAUCGCGGCGGCCAACCUCAUGGUGGUCAUCCAUGUCAUUGGAAGCUACCAAGUUUAUGCAAUGCCCGUCUUCGACAGCAUCGAGAGCAUACUGAUCACAAGAUUGAAACUUCCGCCUGGAAUUGCUCUGCGUCUGAUCGCUCGAUCUGCUUACGUCGCCUUCACUCUCUUUGUUGGAGUCACAUUUCCAUUCUUCGCUGAUCUCUUGGGGUUCUUUGGCGGAUUUGGAUUUACACCUACUUCCUACUUCCUACCCUGUGUGAUAUGGUUGGCAAUCAAGAAGCCAAAGAGAUUUAGCCUUCACUGGCUUGCUAAUUGGGGCUGCAUCAUAGUUGGGGUGCUUAUGAUGUUUGCUUCGACAAUGGGGGGCUUGAGGAACAUUUUCGUAGAUUCUUCCACCUACAGCUUUUACUCCUGAAGGAGAUUAUGUUUUGCUUAUCUUGGGGAACUGUAUCGAUCUCUCAUGUAAGAUGAGUUGUGUGACUUCUUUUCUAUGGUUGAAUGCAAAUGCUAGUCCUAGCCUUACAAGUUUUGUAGUUUACUCAAUAAAUUUGUGAGGCUUCCUUCCCAAGGUUGUGUUGAAGGAAGAGAAAGUGUAUGGUCGAUUAAAUUUCCACUAUUACUGGUAAA